UGGCGAUGUCUUUGUUGUGCAAAUUGCUAUAUCACGGAGCGGGUUGACUAUGUCCCAAACCUCUCGCUUCGGGACUUGCUCAGCUCCUGGUCAGAAACAAAUACAGAGACGUUGACUCAAUCUCGAAUUUCAGAACGUGAUCCUGUCUCUUCCAUCAUGGAGAUCCAGCGGACACAGUUCAGACAAACGCGAGGCAUUUUCCCAGGCGGCGCAAUGAUCUGGAUGGCCAUGUUCACACCGCUAAUCACUAUUUCUCCAGGCCGCCAACCGCUACUCUUCACUUUUGCUAGCAUUCUCAUCUUGUCUAGCCUAUCGUUCUUUCGCCUUGUCCAGGUGCUCCGCCGGCAACCAAUUUCUCGACGACCUCGACCCUCAUCGAGAAAUCCCACCCAUUUGUUAGUUGUGCUCGGCUCAGGAGGACACACCGCAGAGAUGCUCAUCAUUCUGAGCCAAUACCACCGGUUACAGCUUAACUUCACCAAGCGGACCUACCUGGUGAGCUCAGGAGACGAUUUCUCUGCAGCAAAAGCAAGAGAAUUUGAGGCUGAGAUGCUGUCGAACCUGAAAGAGUCCUCAUCCUUGUACAGCUCUGAAGAGCCUACUUCAAACUACAACGUGGUAACAGUCCACCGGGCACGACGUGUUCAUCAGUCCCUGCUUACAGCUCCAUUUACGAGCCUUCGAUGUCUGUGGGAUUGCCUCAACGUGCUUCGCGGCACACAUCGAGAUUUCCAAUCACAACCAGGAGACGAAGAUCCGGCAUCCUAUCCGGAUUUGAUCCUGACCAAUGGACCCGGAACUGGGGUAAUCGUCGUCCUUGCAUCCAUCAUCCUCUUAUUCUUCGGCUUUUCAGGCCCCUCCGCCAUGCUCCCGCGCUCGCAGGACGCUUCGGCGCGCUCGAGGCCUUCUGCAAAUGCUCAUUCAACACCCGAUACCUCCACUACUGGCUCAGGGGAAAGGGUUUCGCAAUCUGGGCAGAUGCGGACCAUCUUCAUCGAAUCUUGGGCCCGCGUGAAAACGCUCAGUUUAAGCGGGAUAUUAUUGAAACCAUUUGUGGACCGGUUCCUUGUGCAGUGGCCUCAGCUCGCCGAGAAUCAGGGGAAAGCCAGGAACGUGGAAUUUGUUGGGAGUCUAGUUACUUGAUCGCAAGACUGGGCGACUGGUCAUUGACCGAGAAUUUGUUCGUGUGACGGCAUUUUGCUCUGUAUAUCCCGAAGAAUGGGAGACAACAGUUCUUGGCACGAGACGUCACUGUGGUCUUCGCAAGAGGGUGGGAUGAUGAAAGAGCCUAAGGCAGAGAAGAGCCUCAGAUGAACAGUCCCAGAUGAUUACUUCCGACGGCGAAACGAUGGAACAGCUGGAGCAGCCUUUUGCCUGCGAGUAAUUAACUCUCAACUUGCAUGUGCUUUCCUGCAAGGCACCCGAGCCGGGAAUGAUCGCAAUGAAAGUUUACCUGUCCGAGAAGUCUUGAUCCUUCUCGUCGUCGUUGCAGAUCGAGACCAUAUUGCAACCUCUGGCAGUGAUUUGGGGUGGAACCAGGAUCCGAGCUCGUUAUGAGACGAGACACGAGGUGCAAAAUGCGAGCCAGCAACGUCACUGAAAUCAUUCUCAGCGUUGUCCACCGAUCCUGACGUGACAGACAAAGCAUAUGAGGGAAACCACGAUGAGGCGAUGAGACGAUGAGACGAUGAGACGAGCUAAUCCACAAAAGAUAGAGACUAC